ACACCCACAUCCUCCUCUUCUCUCUGUCUUCUCCGACUCAUUUAGCACCACAGCGCCUGUUCUGCUCCGUCUCUCGGACCAGCACCGACGCUUUUUUUUCCCCUCCACUAUGCAUCUGGAAUAAACUGCCGUUAGCUUCACGUUUAAUCCGCACUUCCGGCGCCUCCGACUCGACAAAUUCGACAUAAAAUCAUAAAUCAGCAUCUGAGCACUUUGUUUCAGAAGAAGAGCGAAUCAAACGCAGCCAAUAUGAGUGUGGUGGGGCUGAGGCAGACAGCGGCGUCCCUGACCCUAUCCCUAUCCAGCAACGACCCCAAGGAGCCCUACAUCCACCGUGGGGACGAGCAGGACCGCGAGCCCAUCCGCGGCAGGACCAUGUCACCGGACCUGAGGCAGGAUUUCAACAUGAUGGAGCAGAAGAAGCGAGUCACGCAGAUCCUGCACAGCCCAGUUUUUAAAGAUGAAUUGGAAGGCCAUGAUUCAGGAUCAGGGUGACGAAGGGCAACACCAUCAGGCCUGCUGGCUUUAAGGCAGAUAGCUGACCUGGUCGUGGCCAGCACCGUGGGAGGAGCUGUGGACCUUUGGACUUCACCAUCAGUGAGUUUGGGAACGGUGACUCCAGUCAAUGAUCUGUACAGCAUUGAGUCUCCAUCUUUCACCAAAGGAGAGAAACAGAGUCGCUGCAGGCUGGCCAGCCUCUACAGGCUCGUUGACCUCUUCAACUGGGCUGGUUUUACAAGCGCCUACAUUACUAUGCGUGUCAGCAAAGAGCAGGACCACGUCCUUAUCAGUCCACGAGGUCUAUCCUUUGCUGAGGUUACAGCAGCAAAUUUGGUGAAAUUAAACAUGAUUGGUGAUGUGGUGGACCAGGGCUCUACUGAUCUGGGGAUUGACCAUUUUGGGUUUGGCCCCCAUGCUGCGAUUUAUUCCAUGCGCCCUGAUGUGAGAUGUAUCAUCCACAUACACACUCCUGCUACUGCGGCUGUGUCCUCGAUGAAAUGUGGAAUACUGCCCAUUUCCCAGGAGGCUUUGCUUCUGGGCGAUGUGAGCUGCGUUGGUUACCAUGGUAGCCUGGAUAAUAAAGAGGCAAAGGUGGAAUUCCAGAAAGCUCUGGGCCGGACUGCCAAGGUGAUGGUUCUGAGGAAUCACGGGCUGCUCGCUCUGGGAGAAACCGUAGAAGAGGCUUUUCACUACAUGUGUCACUUACAACAAGCUUGUGAAAUCCAGGUGAGCGCUUUGAGAUGCUCCGGUGGUGUGGACAACCUUGUCGUGCUGGACAGAGAGACGUUUAAACCCCUGACGCAGGGAGUAGCCAGUAACGGGGUGGUGAUGGACAGCGACGUCAAAUGGAAAGUGGGCGAGGCGCAGUUUGAAUCCUUCAUGAGAAUGCUUGAUAACCUGGGAUACAGAACAGGAUACCCAUACAGGUACCCCAUUGUGCGUGAGAAACCUCGCUCCAAGAACGACGUGGAGAUUCCUGCCACCGUGUCCGCUGUGCCAACAGAGGACGAUGAUUCUUGUCUUCAUAGCCCCUUCAAGGUUACGAUGCAGAAGCAGCAGAGAGAACGUACCCGGUGGCUCACUUCACCCAACAGCUACUUGAAGGUCCACAUUCCUGAACAUUCUCCCACCGGAGACGUCAGCCCCAGGACUAAGACUAUGUGGAUGAAAUCUUCUCAGCCAGGCAACAACAGUGGCACCCCGAUAAAGAUUGAGGACCCGAACCAGUUUGUCCCACUCAACACUAAUCCCACAGACGUUUUGGCUAAGCGGAACCGGAUAAGAGAACAACACAGAGGAGAUCAGAUGACUCCAGGGCCAAAGUCUCAGUUGCUUGCAGGCAUCGUUGUGGACACCAUACCGGGUCCAGCUUUCAUCAUUGAAGACGAAGAGGUAACUCGCUCUCUUCCCCCGAAUCCUUUCAGUCAGCUAACAGAGAAGGAGUUGGAGGAAUACAAGAACAUGGUGGAGAGAAAGCAGCGAGGCCAAGAAGAUGAUGACGACGAUGGCGAUGAUACCACAGAUGCAGAUGAGAUGACCACAUUUGACGGCUCCACAAUUUCCCUCUCGCUUUCUCCCAUAAUGACACCAGCUAAAGAAGAGUCCAUGCCCAAUGGGAAAGACCACCUGACAGAGCUGGAGGAGGAGCUGAGCAUCGAGGUGUCCAAGCUGAGCACGAGCGCCUCUGAAACGGUGGAAAUCUCCAUAACGACGAAGGAGGGGGAGGGGGAGGCUCAGACCCCCGAGAGCCAAACUAAGAAAAAGAAAAAGAAAUUCCACACACCUUCAUUCCUGAAAAAGAGCAAGAAGAAGGAAAAGGAGAAAGACAAAACGGAAGCCUGAGAGCCGGAAGGAAAACGUCUGAAUUGCCUUCUUAAUUUCCAGCACUGCGAAGGGAAGAGAAAUAAGGUAGGGGGGAAAUGACCCUCAUGUAGUCGGUUUCUCAGGAUUAUUACCCAUCCUGCACCUCUUUCCAAUUCACAGCCAUUAUUUUCACAAAGCUCCAUAAAACAUGGAUGUUUUCCUUCUUUAUAUGAGAAUGUUUCGUGAACUCCCGAGGGCUCGGUAAAAACAGAUGAGACAUGAACGUGAUUCUGUAUGUCAGUCGGUGUUAUUGCCCAUAUUUUUAAUGGGAUUUUUUAAAAUGGCUAUCACAACAUAAAAGGUUUUAAAAUUCGGGAUUUCAUUCAAUUCUUCCCUAUUUUUUUUUUUUUCUUUUUGCACAAGUUCAUUUUGAAUGUAUUCUGGAAGCGAUUAAAAUUGUUAAACAAUUUUAUGAUUUAAAACUGUUAGUUAUUUUCAUAUUUGUUAGUUAAAUAAGUACUUUUAAAGUAUUUACAUACUGACAUACUAAAUAUUCUGGUUAAUAAUACAUUUAACAAUUUGUGUUGGGUAUUUUGAGCUUUUUUUGUUUUUGGAGUUGCUACUCGUUAUGACAGAGUGACGUUUGCAAAGUAAAAGGUUUUAGUACUAUUGAUGGCUGUCGAUAAGAAGGUUUGACAUUUUCAGAAAUAUAUGUUUGGGUGCAACUUGAAAGUACUGAGCUUUGAAACACAGAAUGUUAAACUUGAUGGAUGCUGAUUGUGCGUUUACAGCAGUAUGUUGUUGGAAAGCAUUUCUUCAUAACCACUGUUAAAGACUGAUAAAAUAUUUUUGAGGACAUCCCAGGCAGUAAUGUGAAUGAGUUGCUUCCACCCAAAGGGAGAGAAUGCUUUUCCUUUGUACAUCGUUUUGUGAUGUUUUUCUUGAACCGUUUAACCACAUUCAAAUCGUAUAAAAUGAAAUGUGACAAUCUAAUAUCAGAAUUUUUACACUUCUUUUGUCAUAAAGUGUUUUAUCAUCUUUAUUAAACUUCUGUUUUAA